GCUUUCAAAAACCAACAUGACUGGGCAGUUCAUAGUUGGUGCCCAGCUUCACCCGCAACAGACUUCUAAGGCCAUUAGAUUGCGUUGUGUGCGGAGCUAUGUUGUCACUGAAAACAGAGGACAAAAACAAAUUAGAAGUCAAGAGUGUGUGUUUCAUGAUCAAGAGGGUAUUUUUAUUCAUGUUCACAUACCUAAGGAUAUUGUUGCAACAUACCAGAAUAUGUUCAAGGAGGGUAAAGUCUAUGGUAUUCGAAAUUUCCUAUGUAUCACUAACUUUUUCAAGUAUAAAACAAGCACACAUCGUUAUAUGAUUAAAUUCAAACAUGACACUGUUGUGAAGCAAUAUCAGCGUGUGAAUUUCCCUAAAACAAUGUUCCGGUUUAAGAGUUUCCCGGACAUACUUUCGAAGAAGAAUGUUGAUGAGAAAGUGUUGAUCAGUAAGAGUUUAACUCGAUGCAUACAUAUAUAAUACUCAAAUGAAGGAAUGCUACUUUGAUUAUGUUUUCAACCAUAGCCAUCAAAACUAAUAUUCUGCUGUUAUUUUAUGUAGAUGUGAUUGGCCGAGUUGUUGAAAUUUAUACACCACUAGACAAAGUGAUAGCUGGAAAACAAACAAGGCUUAUUGACUUUGUUCUUGAAGACAAUGAGUAAUUUUUUUUUGGCUUGGCUAUGCUGAUGUAAAUCUUAUUAUUAAUUAUUAAUUCUGUUGGGUAUUUAAAUUGGUUUCUGUUUUCAUGCAGUAAAAAUCAGAUUAAGUGUACAUUAUGGGAUGAGCAUGUGGAUCAACUAACUCCUUAUUUCCAAAUUGCUGCAUCUGAUCCAGUUAUACUUCUCAUUCAACUUUGUAGGGCCAAGUUUAUGGACAGUAAGUUCUAAUCCAUGAUGGGUGUGCUUUCUAUUUCAAAUAAUAUCCUAUCUCCUAAUGAGCAAAUUUUUUUCUGGUUAGAUGGCGAGGUUCGUAUUUGCAGCUCCUUUGAUGCUACCCAACUAUUUUUUACUCAUUCGUCUAAGGAGUUCCGUGACUUCAAGAAUAGGUGUGUUUCUAUUUUAUGGUGUUUGUUCAACUUUUUAAAUCAAAAUGGAUGUGAAAGUAUUUACUUUUUUUUAUUUUUAAUAGCUUUACAGGUGACUACACCCCUUUGAGGUGUAUAGAAUCUGGUUCUAGGCUUGAUGUUGGUUUCCCUACUAAUGGCCUGCAUCCUAAUGAUAUUUUGGUUACUCCUAUUGAAGAUAUUUACUUGAAAAAACAGGUUAA